AUGCUGUUGCUACUGCUGGCAAUUGCAAGCGUGCGUGGGAUCCCUGUCCACCCGCUGACAGCAGGCUCCUGUACGGAUGCUCCGGCACAUGGCGCAGCUGCGCAGGCCCUAGACCAGAUCAACCUGGAGCGCACAGAGGGCUACGUGCUGAGCCUAGAACGCCUCAGCAACGUCCACGUCAGGCGUCACGGAGAAGCAGGAGUGGUGUAUUACCUAACCAUCGACGUGCUUGAAACAAAGUGCCAUGUCCUCAGUAAAAAUAACUGGAGGAAGUGUGAAGUGAGAGAUAUCGGUGAAAACCCGGUGUAUGGUCAAUGCAGGGCAGUGAUCUACAUAAACAAAGUUCACAGAGUCUCGCGUCUCUACGGAUACAGCUGUGCAAUCAGGCCUGUUCCUGCCUCCAGAAUCGUUCGGAUGUGCCCUGACUGCCCGGUCCUGAUCCCAGUGGAUAGUGUCAAGGUGGUGGAGACCAUGAAAAUGGGCAUGGAAAACUUCAACAAGAACAGCAUGUUCACAAACUUUUUCACCCCUCUAAAUGUCACAAGAGCGACCUCCCAGGGGGGGUUUGUCACCUUUUACAACGUGGAGUUCAUCAUCCAGGAGACGGUGUGCUCCAACCAAACUGAUAUAGCUGAGGUUUCAAAAUGCCAGAUCAUGGCCUGCGAGUUUGCACACAAAGGCCUCUGCAGAUCUUCACUCUCUUACGCCAAUGGCUACGAGCACCUCAAUGCUGAGUGUGAAAUCUUUGAGCCUGAGGCCGCAGAGGAAGAAAAGAAGAAGCAUUACCAGGGAGGAGAGCUGGACCAUAGCCAUGCUAAUAUCAGUGAUAUGUCCUUAGGACAUGACCACAAGGGGGCGCACACACACCAUCACACACAUGAGCAAAGUGAAGGUCACAGUCAGGUUCAAGGUCACACCCAUGCCCACGUACACGGGCACGACCAUGACCACGCUCAUGCACACCAUUCGGACGCUCACAAUCACACCCAAGACAAGAGCUCACACACCCACCACAACUACGGUCACGGUGAGGGCGAGACCCACGCGCACGACCACGAACUGGCCCUGGACCACGAACACGGGCAUGUUCACCUCCACGUGCACGAGCACCAUCACCAUCACCAUGAGCACCAGCACGGAAGCCUUCCGAAGCGUCCCGAGGGAAUGGUGUAUGUCCUCCCCUCCAUGGACAAGACCGCAAGCCUCUCGGGCUUCCCUGUGCCUAGUCCAGCGCAAACCUCCGCCCAGCCGCUCCACGCUGACCCACAGAUCCCCGGCGAGAAGGAACCCACCAUUGAACCCUUCCCAUCCGGCCUGGCGCACCAGUGCCCAGCGGAGUUCUCCACCAAGAGCAGCUUGAUUCAGGACAGCUUUGUUGAGGACCCACUCUUUUAA